CGGGGUGGCCGUUCGGUGCCCUCCACUGCUUUCUAGAACCAGCUCUCCCCCUGCCCUGAGCAGUCACCCACCGGAGAGGCGUGGUACGGCGGACAGAAGUUGGGGUUCUUGCAAGUAAGUCCUCUCAUCUCUCUGAGCGUGAGGGGCAGAGGUGAGCACGGCUCAGGGCGUGACUUCAGUAACCAGCAGCCUAAGUGACGGACAGGAGGAAGCACUGAUGACCGACUGAGGCUGCGCCUGCAGCUGGGAUGCAGCUCAGGGCCAGGACACAAGGGCCGGACCUCCGUACUCUGCUAACCCCCGCGUCACAGGCAGGGGUCCUCCGGGGCUGGCUCCCCUCACCCACCCCCUAGGCUAUCAGCUGUGAUUCAGGAGACACAGGAGGCCACUGCUGGCUGGAGGCUGCCCCUGGGCAUCUGCCCACUUCGUGUGUCCCCGGGGCUUCGGGAGAGGACAGCCCGUGAGCACUGGAUGCUGCCCCUGCCGCCCCCUCUAGGUGUGCAGACUGCUGGUCUCUGUCGGGCCUAGUUUCUGCUGAGCAGUAGCUUAGGAUUGGCUGUGAUCGUCGGCAUUUUGAAGGAGCCCCAGAUUUUACCCACGGUUGUACCAGCUCCAAGUGGACCAGCCACAGGAGAUCCCAGUCUCCUGCUUCUCAGUCUGGUGCGUCCCCUUCUUAACCUUGACAUUCAAGACCGUCGCAGCGCCUUUUGGUGUUUGAAUUGGAAAAUAUGCACUUCUGGGGAAGCUUUAUAAUUAUUAGGCCAAGUAAACCACCAAGUAUGACACCUCUCCCACAGUCUCCUGUUCCGUUCAAGAUCUUGAUGUUGGAUCCCCACGAGCUUUAGUUAAUCUGUGACUGCAUUGUCAUAGAAAUUCUUCUGAUGCCUACCUAACUCUGUGCUUGGAAUCUUCCAGAGCAGAAUGGGCAAGUCCUCUUGGUUCCCUUGUGCUUUCCCCGGGGAAGGUAUUCCUGUGGCCAGAAGGGAGGAGGAAAGUGAAAAUCCUCCAAGGGGCAGGGAAGGAAGGGUAUUCUCGGGACUCCAGAGCUAGUGCAGGACUCCUUCUGGGUGACACUCAAGAGUAACCAUAAGCACUCGUGAUGUCACAUGUCAGGGUUGGUUUCCUCUGCUCAUGUGGCCAUUCUGUGCAAGCUGAGGGCACUUGUCACGGGAAAUGUGUGUGUGUGUGUGUAUGUGUGUGCAUAUUUAGCAUCUGAACUCCAGGGGGACCAGGGCAGGAGGGGGUCCUUGUAAGCUUGCUAAGUCCCCACUCUGUGCCCAGCCCUGAGCUGGGACUAGUAGGGGCUGCGGAGGAAGGAAGGUCACAGCCUGGGGACACGUUUCCAAGAGUAAGAACCAUUCAGGGACUCUGAGGUCACUGUUCCAGCUUGGGGGUCUGGGCCUUGAGCUGGGGGCUCAUAGAAAGGGGAGCUCCCUGGGGCAGCCUCACUGUGGGUGCAACCAGGGCUGGAGAAGGACGCUGGCCCUGGCUCCGCCCCACUGGGUGCUCACCCUGACCACAAGGAAACCGGAGGAAUUAAUGGGCCCAGAAGGAAGGAAGCCAGGCCCUGUGGUCUUGGGGGUGUGAUGGAGGGGGGGCGGGCGCAGGCCUGAGGCGCUGUGGUAAAGCAGGGGUCCCGGCCCUGGAAAUGCCUGUGGGAUCUGUGACACAGCUGGGAUGGGUCAGAGGGUGCCUGGGUCCUCGGGGUCUCAGCCCAUCACGGUCCCCAGAGGCUUUGCUCCCUCGGUGCCCUUCAUUUUCUGACCAGCUCAAGAAACAGAACCUGAAGAUCCUGAACCAGGAAGCAGGCGCACAAAGAAAAGCAGAAGUGGAAGACUUGGAGACUUGAUCCUCCUCCUUGAAGGGGCCUAAAGCCGCCUGGUGCUGUUGCCAGUGACACCUGUGCCGGAGGGAUGACCUGGCAGGGCAGGGUCGCGUGGCUGCCUUGCGCACUGCUGCUUCUCUGGGGCCCAGGCUGUUCAUCUCUGAGUGGCCCCACCUCUGUGACGGGCACCGUGGGGGGAUCCCUGAGCGUGCAGUGUCAGUAUGAGGAGAAAUUCAGAGACAUUGCCAAAUACUGGUGCAAAAACGCAUGUGUGUGGAAUACUCUAAAGACCAAAGAGGCAGACAGAGAAACGAGGAAAGGCCGUGUGUCCAUCAGGGACCAUCCUGCAAACCUCACCUUCACAGUGACCUUGGAGAACCUCACAGAGGAUGAUGCAGGAACAUACCGGUGUGGGAUCGAUACAUCAUGGCUCCCAGGACAUUUGCUCGACUCCACCUUCCUCGUUGUGGUGUCUGUGACCCCAGCAACAAAGUCCACCCCACCUGUCAGCAUCACUGUAACCCAGAUGUCGAAAAGCACAGCUAAAAUUAUGACCACACUGGCCCAGCCCUCCUCUGCUGCCCCAACCACCAUGGGAGCCACCCGCAGUGCAAGCAGCCAGGAGGAAUUCCCGCCGAGCCAGGGCCUGGGGCUCCAAGUACUCCUCUCCUUGUUGGCACUUCUGCUGCUUCUGCUGGGGGGCAGCUUGCUGCUGGCCUGGAGGAUGGUUCGCAGACAGGUCAAAUAUGGUGAGAAUCGAGAGCCACUCCGGACCCCUAGUCAGCAAGGGGAGCCCCACUAUGAGAAUCUGGAGCUGCAGAUGUGGCCCCUUCAGGAAGAGCCUGUGCAUCCGAGGCAGGCGGAGGUGGUAUACAGCACAGUGAAGGCUCCCAGGGAAGAACUUCACUACUCGUCCAUGGUAUUUGACCUCCAGAGUGGGGAUUCUAAAGCCAAAAAGAUUCGCUCCCAGAGGACCCUGGAGGAGACACACUGUGUGUGGAGGGCAGGAGCUCAGUCCUGUGUGGCUCCAGGAAAAGACGUGACCCAUGUGGGAUGGUACCUGCAAAAACCUUUAUAAAUCACAGCUCCAUGGAAGUGUCUGGAUUGCUGCAGCUUGGGGAGAACCAGCAGAGGGAUCGGGAGAAUACAAAAGCCCUGAAGAUGGAGUCUCCCUUGUCUCAUGGACAAGGAUGCUGAGGCCCAGAGAGCAGAGGCUUGCCCAUGGUUCCAGAACCAGGGGCACAUUCCUCUGGACUCUUAGAUAAUUUUACUUUUAAUAUUAAGAGAUAUCAGUACAGUUUAAAAUAUCUUCGGAGAGAAGAAAAAGGUUAUUUAAGCCAUACCUGCCCUGUGCCCGCAAUCCUGUAUUAAAGAAAGCUCCUCCCUUUUGAAGGCUGAAUAGAGUUCCAUUGUGGGGAUAUAGCACACUAUACUCAUCUUUUCAUCCAUCGGUGGACACUUGGUUGGUUUCUGUGUUUUAGCUAUUGUGAAUUUGUUGCUAAGAACAUGGUAUAUAAAUAUCUCUUUG